AUCUCUCCCAGGACCUUCUUAAAGCGGUGAUUGUAGGAAAAUUGCUGCUACGACUUCGAAAACAGAGAAAGAGACAGACAAUAAUUAGAGACUGCACAGUUUCUGUGUGAAUUCUUUUCUUAUUUAAACCGGUGUUAUUUCUUUAAAUCAUCCCCUGCAGAAGUGUGUGUUGACUAAAACCACCAGAGUAGCCCGACCGGCUUGAUUUGGUCCUCGCUGGGUGGGUUUUAUCCCCGGCUAGUUGGUUAGCCAGCUAACUAACGUGAGCAGCCAGCGAUCCACGCAUCAUUUAAACCCAACCCUACAGGUUGGUAAUUAUCCCCAGCUGCUUUUUUUCUUUUCUUCCCCUUUUCUGGUGAUUGCGCUGGCACUCGGCGUUGGCUGUUGUCAAUUUACUCAUUAAUUAGCAAUCAUCAACAACAAAAGUGGUCGCCAAGGACGUUUCGCUGACGCAGAACCUUCUUGGGCUUGGAGCAAUUUGAUUCCGUCUGUCUUCCAUCAUGGAGAAAGAUGCCAGUGAGCAGCAGAAGAAUGAUGAGACGGCUGUGGACCAGCCCAACCGAAAGCAAGGAGCCACCGCUCCGUUCAGAUAUACCAAGGAGGAACUUCUGGAUAUAAAGGAACUGCCGAUUUCCAACGAGCGGCCUGAAUGUCUCUCUGAAAAAUACGACAGUGACGGCGUCUGGGACCCAGAGAAAUGGCACGCCUCCCUGUACCCGACCUCAGAGAGAAACUCCCCAAUCGAAGGCUUUAAGAAGGACUACAUGGAUGACAGAGUUCAUUUGAAACGCAGAAUCCCAGAUCCCCGUGAGCGGUUAAAGGAGGACGACCUGGACGUUGUACUGAGCCCACAGCGACGAAGCUUUGGCAGUGGUUGUCAAGGCAACGUUGUAUCUGCAUCAAACACCCGGCGCCCAAUAAGCCCACUGGAAAAUAAGGAAAACGAGACACUCCGCCUCGGAGGCGCUCGCAGAAUUGGCAGUGGGCGCAUCAUCGCUGCUCGAGCCUUUGAGAGAGAAGCUCGUCCAGAGAAGGAGAGGGAGCGGGAGAGAGACUUCAAAGAUAAAAGAUUCAGGAGAGAAUAUGGUGACAAGCGGGUGUUCAGUGAAAGAAGAAGAAACGACUCGUACGCAGAGGAGGAGCCGGAGUGGUUCUCAGCCGGCCCCACCAGCCAGUCAGAGACCAUUGAGCUAAUCGGAUUUGACGACAAAAUUCUGGAGGAGGACAGACGCAAAACAAAGCGAUCGAGGAAGCAAACGGACUCUGUGAAGGAAGCAGUGGAAUGCAAUGGUGAACUAGCCGAGGAGCAAAGUGUGGCUUUGCAGGCUGAUCAAGAAGUUCCCCAUCCAGAUCUUCUUCCAGACCCGUCAGCUGGAGACUUUGACUUCAACGAAUUCUUCAACUUGGAGAAAACCAUGCCAGGACUGGCCUCUAUGAUAGAGGACGUUUUGGGAGAAGGCCCCGUGUCGGCGAGCCGCUUCAGUCAGUGGUUUUCGAACACCCUGAGCCCAUCAGGCAGCCGGUCCAGCAGUUUGAGGUCCACCCCUCAUGAGGAGCUGGAAAAACUUGCAGGACUUGACCCAGGCUGCUCAUCUACAAGCCAAGGCUCUGCGUCAUACUUCACACCUAUUCAGUCAUCAGAAGGCAAGGAAAAAGUGGACAUCUUGGAGCUGCUGCACAAGGCCAAAGUAGACCUGAAGCCCCUUCUGUCCACGCUGUCGGUCAACAAAGCACGGCUACGAGAAAGCACCAACUCGGGGGUGGUGCUCUCUCUGGAGGAAGUUGAAGGGGAGAUGAAGGGAAUGAAGCUCGGCUCGGAGCCUCGUGUGCAGAAGGUGUCUCCUCCACAGAAGGGGAACGGCACGCCCUUCAUGGCCGAGCAUCUGGAGGAGGCUUUGACCGGCGGCUCUGCUAGCCGGCCGCGAUCCCGUGACACGGACAUGUCUGCUUUUAAUAAACUGGUCAGCAGCAUGAAGGCAAGUGGAACUCUGCCAACUCACCCCAAACCCAACACAAACAAUCAACCUUCGGAUCAAAGUGUGGCGCCUCUCCCUGAUAAUGCGCCUCCUCAGCAACAGAAAAACAUAUUUCAGGCGCUCCUUGGUGUUCGUAGCAGCUCCCCGACUCCUUUAGGCGGUCUGUUGGGAAACUCUGAGCCCUCCGUGACUCCUGGCCCUUUGCAUGGUUUACUACACAAGGGCCCCUCGCCCCCUCUGUUUGCACAGCGGGCCCCUUCACCGGACUACUUCAAUAACAGAAUGCCACCUGCUGCAGGAUUUCCAGCUGGUCCUCAGUCUCUGCUACCAGAACAGUUUGACAUCCACAGGUCCAUCAGUCCUUCUCAGCAGCAGAUGAGGGCGCUCUCACUACCUGUAAAUCAAGCUGAUCUGGAAGUCCUAGCUCUCCAGCAGGACCUUGCUCUCCAUGGCCACCCUUCAUUUCAGUCAGGCUACAACAAACACCUGCAGGACAGAUCCUUCAGAAAUAGGCCUCAGCGGGUAAAUCGCUCCCCUGGACCUCAGCCUGCUGGAAGAACCUCCCCAGGAAACGCAGUUACUAGCAUGAUAUCCCCAUCGUUUACACCCACAUCUGUGAUCCGUAAAAUGUACGCAACGAAAGAGAAAAGCAAGGACGAGCAGUCGAGUCGUCCAGAGACUAAAGAGGAAGCGACCACAAACUCUCAAGAUGGCAGUAGCUCUCCAAACCACCUACUGGGGUCAGUGGACGGAAAUGUCUCGCAGUCUGUGGGAGCAAAGAUCAGUCCUCAAACCAUGCAAAGUAAAGACCAGGAGCGUCUGAGACCUGGUUCCACCGGACACCACAUGACUCCGAUGGCACCUCCAGGUCCGUCUUCGUCUUUCCCUAGUCCCAUCUACCCGGUACCACUGCUGUCCCAUGUCCCCAUGGUGCGCCCCCCUCCUCAGCUCCACCCAAACGUGGUUCAGAGAAUGCUAGCACAGGGGAUCCCGCCCCAGCAGCUCGGACCUGCCCUCAUGCAAGCAGGUAUAUUUCCACCACAUGUUGACCUUGCACAACUUCAAGGCUUACCUCCGGCCUUGCUGGGACAGCCACUGUACCCACUGAGUGCAACAGGACUUCUACCUCCCAGAGCAAAUGCUCCCAUGCAGUUAGCGGUCAUGCAGCAGCAGCUUCAAGGGCAGAGACCAAUGCAUCCCGGUGUACCAGGCGCUCCGUCUCAGAACCAAGGGCUCCACCGGACAAACGGCUCUCAGCGACACGGGGCCAGCCCCCCUCUGGGCCUGGCUAAGUGGUUUGGAUCGGAUGUGCUAGAGCAGCCACUGCCCUCCAUGCCAGCUAAAGUCAUCAGUGUGGAUGAACUGGAGUUCCACCCAUAAUGAAAAUGCAUUAUUAGCUGGAAAAUGAGUUUUCCCUCUGCCCAUCGCCACCUCCUGCUUACCAUGACAAUGUGAACUUUAAUUUGAAAGAUGGCGCAUAGUGGGACAUUGUAACAAUGUUUUGUUUGAACAGAUGAGUGGAGGUUUAUGUUGCCAGCUUUUUUUUUUUUGUAUUAGUAAAUAAUGUAAAGGCUCAAUUGUACAGACCAUGAGAGAAUCUUAUUCUGUGUAUAUAGCUGUAGGUUUUUUUUUUUUUUUGGUUCUUUGUUUUUUCCCCCUCCUGAUCUUGGGAGGUGUGAAAUAGUCCUGUUGUCGAACUUGAAUUGGGGAAACGAAUCCGGUAGCAUUCCUUUCUGGUGUCCACCUUAACCUCCUCCCCCUGUGAUAAUGAGAAAGGGCCACUGUGGGGGGG